AUGUCGAACGCAGUCACUAUCCGCACCGCGCCCGUUGAGGCUGCUCUGCUCGAGUCCGCCGUGGCUCGUCCUGCCGCCUCUUCCCAGCGGCGUGUGCGGUUAAAUGGACUCAAGGCCUUCCGUGGAGGACAUCUGGGUCAAAGCUUCGCCGCUACUACUCAAAGCGCACCUAUUGAUCGGCUUCAAUCCAAGCAGAGGAUCCAUGGCCACUCCGCAGUGCGCGCCGCCGUCGCCGUUGAGGCUCCUGACGACUCAGCUCUGGUAACCCGCUCAGACAUUCGCAACAUCGCCAUCAUCGCACACGUCGACCACGGCAAGACGACGCUCGUCGACGCCAUGCUCAGACAAGCCAAGGUGUUCCGCGACAACCAGCAGAUGCAGGAGCGCAUCAUGGACAGCAACGACCUGGAGCGCGAGCGAGGCAUCACGAUUCUGAGCAAGAACACGGCGAUCCGGUUCCGCGGCACCAAGAUCAACAUUAUCGACACGCCCGGCCACUCCGACUUCGGCGGCGAGGUGGAGCGCGUGCUCAACAUGGUCGACGGCGUGCUGCUGCUGGUUGAUUCAGUGGAAGGCCCCAUGCCGCAGACGCGGUUCGUGCUGAAGAAGGCCCUGGAGCUGGGGCACCGCGUGGUGGUGGUGGUGAACAAGGUGGACCGCCCAGCGGCGCGCGUGCAGCACGUCAUCAACGCCACCUUCGAGCUCUUCUGCGAGCUCGAAGCCACCGACGAGCAGUGCGACUUCACCACCGUGUACGCGAGCGGGAUUCAGGGGAAGGCUGGUAUGGAGCCGGAUGCGCUUGCCGACGAUCUCGAGCCGCUGUUCGAGUCGAUUAUUAAGUGCGUUCCGGGGCCGAAAGUGCAGCCGAAGGCGGCGCUGCAGAUGCUGGUGACGAAUUUGGAUUACGACGAGCACAAGGGGAGGAUUGCGAUUGGGCGCGUGCACGCGGGGAAGAUCGCGCGCGGGCAGGUGGCGAAGAUUUGCACGCCCGAUGGCGCCUGCCGCGUGGCGAAGGUCGUGGAGCUGUUCGUGUACGACAAUUUCGCCCGCGUCCCGGUUGAUGACGUGGAGGCGGGAGACAUCUGCGCCUUGUCCGGUCUGCCGGACGUGCAGAUCGGCGAGACGAUCGCGGAUCGCGACGGCGACGCGCUGCCGACGAUCUCGGUGGAGGAACCGACGGUCAAGAUGAGCUUCUCCGUGAACGUGUCGCCGUUCUCGGGGCGCGAGGGGAAGUUCGUGACGUCAAGGAAUCUGAGGGAUAGGCUGAUGAGGGAGCUGGAGAGGAAUCUGGCGAUGAAGGUGGAGGACGGGGAGAGCGCGGAUACGUUCCUGGUCAGCGGACGUGGUACCCUGCACAUCACCAUCCUCAUUGAAAACAUGCGGAGGGAGGGAUACGAGUUCAUGGUGGGGCCACCACGGGUCAUUAACAAGAUCGAGGACGGCAAGACGCUAGAGCCGUAUGAGGAAGCGGUGGUGGAGGUGCCAGAGGAAUAUGUGGGGGCUGUGGUGGACAUGCUGGGUACACGCAAGGGGCAAAUGCUCGACCUGCAGGCCUCCAGUUCCGGCACCACAACCGUGAAGUACCGUGUGCCAACCCGCGGCCUGCUGGGGCUGCGCAACGCCAUGCUGACCGCCACGCGAGGCACGGCCGUCAUCAACACAAUCUUUGACAGCUAUGGACCGUGGGCGGGGGACAUGAACACUCGCGAGCAGGGCUCCCUGGUGUCGUUUGACACAGGCCCAACCACAUCGUAUGCGCUCUUCAGUUGCCAGGAGAGGGGGCAGCUGCUGCUGGGGCCGGGAGUGGAGGUGUACAAGGGGCAGAUCAUCGGCCUUCACCAGAGGCCCGGGGACCUGGACCUGAACGCGUGCAAGAGGAAAGCUGCCACCAACGUGCGAUCCAACAAGGAUGCCACAGUGGAGGUGAAGAAGGGGAUGAUCAUCGGGGUUCAACAUAGGCCUGGCAACCUUGACCUGAAUGGGUGCAAGAGGAAAGCUGCUACCAAUGUGCGAUCUAACAAGGAUGCCACAGAUGCGCGCGACCACCAUGUGUGUGGUGUGGCUGUGUGUGCUUCCUUGGCCAAUGUGGUGUAUUGGAGCUUGCUUUUGGUUGGUUGCGUGUAUCUUGGCUUGGGUGCUUGUUUUGAACUAUCUUGUUUGUUGGGUCUGUUUUUCCUUGCAGUGGUGUUGGCGGCGCCCCUUGAGUUCAGCUUGGAUGACUGUGUGGAGUACAUUCAAGAGGAUGAGCUCGUGGAGGUUACACCCCUUUCCGUCCGCAUGCUCAAGAACCCCAGGAUGGGCAAGAAGGGAAAGAAGCUUGAACCGCCAUGGACGUUGAGCCUGGAGCAUGCGACAUCAGAGCGCCUCGGAGGAGGCGAAAUCGCGUCCUACUCGUUCGACGUUCUCAAGGAAGCAGCUGACGUGGCGGUGGAGAGGCUUGUGAUUCGCCAGUGCGGAUUGCUGCUGCCUCGGGUGUCUAUUGGCUCUCCGUCCCUGCUAUUCAUUCAGCAAGGGUCGGGUGUGGUGGAGCUGAUAGAUGACAACGGCCAGGCACCUGCUGACGUGUCACCAAUCACGGUGAACAGAGGGGAUGCCGUGGUGGUUCCCAAGGGAUGGACGUACAUCCUGCCUUCCCUCCCUGUGCAGAAAUCAUACCUCGCUGGCAGCAACCCCCACUCCGUGCUGUCUGGCUUCAGUUUGCACAUCCUGGAGACGGCAUUCAACCAGCAGCACGACGUGGUCAGGGCGCUGCUGCACCAGGCAUCUGGAGGAGGGAUCAUCGUGUCCCGCUGUGUACCACCCUCGCCUCCUGAGCCUGCUGCACAGGAGGAUGUUGCAGAGGAGGAUGGGGAUAAGUCUGAGGAGGAUGGGUCAGUGGGGGAUGGUUCAGAGGGUGGUGUGUCAGAGGGGGAUAUGUCAGGGGAGUUGGAGGAAGUAGGACUGGGGAGGUGUGUUGCUAUGAUGAGGAGGAUGGGUUUUGCUGAGGGUGGAAUGCAGUUUGUGUUAGAAGGCAAGAAGGAUAAGGGGAAGGAGAAGGAGAAAAAAGAGAAGAAAAAGGAAAAGAAAAAGGGCAGGAAGGGGAAAAAAGAGAAGAAAGAGAAUGGAAGGAAAGAGAAGAAGAAGAAGAAGAAGAAGACUGUUCUGGUGGAUCACGUGGCAGCACGGCGGCCUGCAAUCACCACGGAGGGUGGCAGCAUGGUGCGCGUGUCGUACCGAGACUUCAAGGCACUCCGGGUCGCAGGCAUUGAGGGAGAAAUUGUGCUGCUCACGCUUUACCCGCAUGCGGUGGUGGCACCACACAUCCACGGCAAUGCAGCAGUGGUGUUCACGGUGCUCAAGGGUUCAGGGCACUUUGAAUCGGUUCACCCCAACGGCACCACGGCUGCCAGUGAUGCCGUGCAGACAGGCCACGUGGGGGUGGUCCCCAUGGGUUAUGCCCAUGCUCUGCAGGCGGGAGAGCAGGGCGUGCAGAUUCUCGGCUUCCACCCGGACGUGAACAAGGACCCCGGAGCGGAGGACAAGUUCAAGGAGAUCAGUACCGCGUACGAGGUUCUUUCGGACGAUGAGAAGCGGCCACUAUACGACCGCUUUGGGGAGGCGGGCGUGUCUGGGUCUGGUGGCAUGGGAGGAGCGGGAGCUUACACGUCGAACCCGUUCGACCUGUUCGAGUCCAUAUUCGGGCCGGGUAUGGGCGCUGCCGCGCGGGGAGGCAUGGGCGGAAUGGGCGGCAUGGGCGGCAUGGGCGGCGCUGGCCCGCGGACGCGACAACCUGUUCCCGGCGACGAUGUCAAAAUGGAGAUGCCGCUGGAGUUCCGCGAGGUGAUAUUCGGCGCGGAGAAGACCAUCAACGUGGCGCACCUGGACGGCUGCAACGAGUGUGGGGGGUCGGGCGCCAAGGCGGGCACGUCCCCCCGCACGUGCCCCACGUGUCGGGGCAUGGGGCAGGUCAUGCAGACAAGGCAGACGGCCUUUGGGAUGUUCUCCUCGGUGUCCACGUGCUCGACGUGUGCCGGAGUGGGGGAGGUGAUAUCUGAGUUCUGUCGCAAGUGUGGGGGCGAGGGGCGCGUGCGGACGCGCAAGCCAGUGGUGAUCAACGUGCCUGCAGGGGUGGACUCGGGCACAGUGCUGCGCGUCAAAGGGGAGGGCGACGCUGGCAUGCGCGGGGGCAAGCGGGGCGACCUGUACGUGUUUGUGAAGGUGAAGGAGACGAUGGGUAUUCGCAGGGACGGCAUCAACCUCUACUCCAACGUCUCUAUCGACUACACUGACGCCAUUCUGGGCACGGUGGCCAAGGUGGCUACGGUUGACGGUGCAGCAGAGCUGAGAGUGCCGGCAGGAACCCAGCCAGGGGACACGCUGGUAUUGGAGCGCAAGGGCGUGCCCAAGGUGGGCAAGAGCAACAUUCGCGGGGACCACUUCUUUCAAGUCAACGUCUCCAUCCCCAAACGAGUCAGCCCCACGGAGCGGGAUCUGGUGGAGGAGCUGGCGUCCAUUCACAAGACGGGCAAGACGCGCACGGGCAUCACUGUGGAGGGAGCAAGGCCACGGGGUUCAUCCUCCAGCUCAGGAGUGGAUGGAGAGGGCAUCGUCGACACCGUCAAGACUGUUUUUUCGGGCAUUAAAGAUUUCUUCAGCAAGUGA